AUGUGGCACUUGGAAGAAAACUGGAAAGAUGGUGAAGAGGCUGAUAAUGAAGCUGAUGAGGAAGUUGAUGGUGAAGAUUCUGAAGUCCAUGAUGCACCUGAAGAAUCUGAGACACCUGAGAUUCAAGAGAACACCAGAGGGUCGUUGUUACCUGAGGAGUCAGAAGCAUUGGAGGUCCCAGAAGCAGAACAUGAACCUGAAGCAGCUCCCCCUGCAGCUGCUCACCUUUUGGCGCAGGCUCCUUUCCUCCCGUGUCGUCACUGGCGCAUCGGUCGGGCUGGCGAAGCUGUACUGCCGGAGUUCCCAGAAGACGCUUACCCCAACGUUCCCGAGAUGGAGCCACUGAAGGAGGAGCUGAAUAAUUACCUUCUCAUGUGGAAACAUCUGGAGCAGAUGAUUACAGAAAAUUUGAUUCAAAUCUUAACACUGGACAUUUCCAACAAGACACCAAAGGAACUGCUUCAGAAAGUGGUGGAGACGAUGGAAAAGCCUUUUCAGUAUGCUGCAUGGGAGCUAAAUGCGGAAGACUACGAUGAAGAAGCAGAAGACUACCAGGCUGAGGUAGAGAUCGAUGAGGAGCAGGAGGAGGAGGAAGAGGAGGAGGAGGAGGGUGAAGAAAAGAUUAAAGAAAAAAGGAGGCACUUAGGAGACACGAAACACUUCUGCCCAGUGGUUCUCAAAGAGAACUUCAUUCUACAGCCAGGCAACACGGAAGAGGCCGUUAAGUACCGAGAAAAGAUAUACUACUUUUCAACUGCUGAGGCCAAGGAGAAGUUUUUGGAGCAUCCUGAGGACUAUGUGGCCCAGAACGAACCAUUAAAGGCUCCUCCAAUCAGGAUGUGUCUUCUGGGUCCCCGCGGCUCUGGCAAAACUACGUGCGCAAGAAAGCUGGCCGAAAACUUUGGCGUUUUUCACAUUCAAUUUGAUGAGUUUCUCCAAGAAAAACUGCUGCUCAAGGCUGAAAGGAAAUUCGGACCAGAGUUUGAGGACGAUUCCGAUGAGGAGCAAGCCACAAAGCAAGAACUGGAGGAGCUCGCGGUUCAGGCGAACGUGAAGAUAGAAGAAGAAAGUACAAAGAAGCCGAUUCUAGAUGUGCAGUUCACAGAAGAGGAAGAGGCAAUCAAGCUGAGUCUAAUGGAGAACGAGGCCCUGCCUUCGGAGAUUCUAGACCCCAUCCUUUCUGAGUGGUGGCUUAAAGAACCAAUACGGUGCCUCCAUACACUGGGUUCUGUUUCUUACUGGGUUUCUUUACUUUGUUCUUAAUGGUCAAACGAUAGUCCAAUUCGCACCUACAAAUUUGCUCUUAUUCAUCCAUGUAAACCACACAUUAAAACCUCUGUGGAGCUUUUGAUGAACACUGACCCACCCCAAAACUAUUAAAUCAGAAUCUGCUGAAGUGUGA